UAAGAAGCAUAGUUAACAGUUCAUGCAUUUCUCUAUAUAAAGGCAUAUUAAUGCCCUUCAGCAUGGCACACCAUUGCCGAAACUCUCUAAAGUCAAAAGCAAAUGAGUACUCUAAGUCUUACAUUUCUAGUUCUCACCUUCUUCAUUGCCUUCAAUCCUUCAAAUGCAAAACAAACACAACCCUUUUCAGGUAUCCUCAAUGUUGAUCACUUCCUGGAAAAAAUUUACCUAUUGGGAAGUGAAGCACAAUCCCAGAUACUUCUUUCAGGCCCUUUGGUGCUUGCUGGAGUUCUUUGCUUCAUAGCUUCUGCUAUAUCUAGUGCUGGUGGAAUAGGUGGUGGUGGACUUUUUGUACCCAUAUUAUCUAUUGUGGCUGGCCUAGACCUGAAAACUGCUUCAAGUCUCUCAGCUUUCAUGGUCACAGGAGGGUCAAUUGCAAACGUUAUGUGCAAUAUGUGCAUCACAAGUCCUAAAUUCGGCGGCAAGUCAUUGAUUGACUAUGACAUAGCACUUUCAUCCGAACCAUGCAUGUUGUUGGGAGUGAGUCUUGGAGUUAUUUGUAACCUUGUAUUCCCAGAAUGGUUGAUUACAGUACUCUUUGCAAUCUUUCUUGCUUGGUCUACCUCAAAAACUUGCAAAAGUGGGUUGCUUUUUUGGAAGGCUGAAUCAGAAGUGAUAAGGAAAAAUGGACUUAUUAAUGAGGAACUUGAAAAGGGGCUGCUAGAAAAUGAGACUAUUGAACAAAGGAAAGUGUACAUAGAAAAUAAUGAGCCAAAAAGUAUUGAAGUGUCUCUUCUGGCUCCUCAAGGAAAUAGCAAAGUGAGGAUCCCUUGGUUCAAAUUGGCGGUUUUACUUUUGAUCUGGUUCUCCUUCUUCUCUGUCUAUCUUCUUCGUGGCAAUAGAUAUGGAGAGGGAAUCAUUCCAAUGGAGCCAUGUGGUGUGGGAUACUGGAUUCUGUCAUCGGUUCAAGUACCUCUUGCUGUGGUUUUCACUGCUUGGAUUGUGUUUAGGAAAGAAAGCCUUCGAGACCGAACUCUUAUUCCAAAGCUACCUGAUAUGAAGGUGCCAGGUCUCACCAAAAAAAGACCAUCAAAUAUACUUGUUUUUCCCUUAAUGGCACUACUAGCAGGGAUAUUGGGUGGUGUCUUUGGAAUUGGAGGUGGAAUGUUGAUUAGUCCACUUCUUCUUCAGGUUGGAGUAACUCCUGAGGUAAGUUCCACCAUCAUAAGCUUUAGUGCAAUCUAUCAUCUCAUGGUUGAUUACAGUGACAGGAUUGCAAUACCUGUUGUUGGGAAUGGAACAUGUACAAGCUGCCCUCGUCUUGGCCAUAAUGUGUUUUGUUGCAUCACUGCUUGGGUUAUUAGUGGUACAGAGAGCAAUUCGGAAGUAUGGAAGAGCCUCUAUUAUAGUUUUCUCGGUUAGUAUAGUGAUGUUUAUAAGUAAUGUUCUAAUGACUAGCUUUGGAGCCAUAAAGGUUUGGACAGACUAUGAAUCAGGAGAAUAUAUGGGGUUCAAACUACCGUGUUAAAAACAGUUUUGCUAGAUCAGUGUAUGUAUAUCAGCCUUUCAUGCCAUCAAUAUCAUAGAUAGUUAUGAAUCGAGUAUAACCUCGGACCUACUUCAAGAGUGAGAAAGGCACUAGUCCUACUUGACAAUGUAACUAACUAGGUGGAGAGGAUCCAGAUCCUUAUUUUGUAUGACCACAUAUGUAUCAUAUUACCAGGCCAUGUAUCCUAGCUUUCAAAACUGAUGUUAAAAUUGAGGACAUGCUUGAACUUUUAUGAUAUCCUCAUUUAUAUGUCACGCGCAAGAACAUAUAAAAACAUCCUAAAAAUCAUAAUGAAUAAAAAUGUUCCAACUUCCAA